AUGCUACAGCAGGUCAUAAUCAGAGAAGUAAUGCGGUUGAGUGGAGCCCAUCUGCUUCAUAUCGCCGCCCAGGCAAAAGAACCUCUCUCUACUGCGAUAUCUCUGGCGAUUCCCUUGAUAUCUCCGCCUCAAUUCAUUUUAAGACCCUCGCCACCCUGUUUUAGCGACAGCGCAGAGAAACAGAGCAGGUGUGCACACGUCGACGCGGUUCAAAACAGCAAACACCUGAGUUGCAUCGAAGCAUCGAAUGCACAAAAGCACGGUGUUUUAAAAAAAAGGCCUGAUGACUGCAAGGACCAAGCUACGACACAAGUGGCUAACACUAUUGAUGACCAAGCUAGGAUUCCUGAAGGGUUAGAACACAAACUUAGAGCGCUCAGCGUUGCAGCAGUGCAGGGGUUUACGGACGAAUCUGGGGCUGCUGAAUACAGAGAGGAAGUCUGCGGCAAGACAUUUGUCGCAUACGACCUGCUGGUCCUCACGGGAGGGAUGCAUGAUGCAGCCCUCCAAAAGCUUGGAAUUCGCAGCUGGGGCCUCAGCGACUGCAGCAACUCCAUACAACAUGUUGCUGAGCUACCCAGCAGGAUAGGAGGCUAUGAAAACGCACAUCAGUGGGUCCCCAAUUGUCCUACACACAACGAAGUGCCGCGCGAGCUCCGGAAGGUCAACGGUUGCAUUUCGGCAGCAGACCCCCAUUUGCAUGAGUUACUAGGAGAAAGUGGACCUUUCCUUACGCCGCUGCGAUGGAAUCCGCUUGCCAGCGUUGUGGUUUAUGGGAGGUCUCUCGACGCUUUUUGCCUCGUACAAGGCCUUAUCAAGCGCGACGUACCUCCCCAAAAAAUCAGCCUGGUGCUGCCACCUAGGUAUCGACUAUUAUUGAUGCUAUUUCUCAAAACGGACGAGUUGAUAGAAGUGGACGAAUUUUCGACCGAGGCACAGAUGGGCUUGCAACUGCUACAGUUGCUACACCAGAUCGGUGUUCGUGUGCACACCAACGUCCUACUCCACGAUAUUGUUACAGAUAGCCAAGGGAAGCUCAAGGGCGCGCUCUUCACCAAUGCAUCAGACUCCACAAGCACUGGUGGCGAGCCAACACGCCAGCAGCAAGUGGUAAAAACUCCUUUCCCGGAGCCCUGCUGCCCCUGCGAACAUUUGGCCAAACCAGCCUUUGACUUGCCACUUCGCAGCCCUUUGUACUUUCCAUAUUUGCAGUCUGGCUCUCCUGGGCCACCAAUGACACCGUUUUGCAACGCUGAAGACACCCAGCAAAUGUGGUGCUCCGCAUAUCAAUAUCUAGUGGACGAGUGGGAGCCUCAGGAGGACGGUGAGCCCCAGCGGGGCCUCUUGCCGCUUGCACACUUGCGUAUUGUUGCAAAGAAGCUGAUGGGUUUUUCUUGUUGCUCGAGUUGGUACGCAGGGCAUGGACUGGCACGCAGCCACUCCCUCACUUCGCUCCGCUCUUUUGAUCCAGCUGCGAGCUCCGGCACUGCAGCAGCAUUUGACACUGUAAGCGCGGUCGGCUUGUCGUCGGCUAUGGGGAAAUGCAAGUUUCUUCCAUGCCGCGUCUUAUUGACUGCGGAUCGACAGGAUAUAGAUUGGGACCUCCUGCAGGCGGUUCAAGGCGCUGGGCUAGUCUACGACGGAAGAAUGAUUGUGCAUCACGAUUUUAGCGUAAGACGCAAAGACAUCACGCCCUCGGAAGUCCCACGCAUAUGCCCAGCAUGCCGCUGCUUUAGGGCAGCUAGGGACAACUAG